UCAGUGUAUUUGAUUGAGGUGGGUUCUUUGAUUUCCAUAAUUUCCUUAGUGGAGUUCUCUUUCAUACACGAGGUGGGGCCACGCAGAAGCAGGCUUCACCUGCACAGUAAGACUCAUCGUUCCUUCCGUCGUUUUCGGUUUUCUAUGAGUGUUUUGAGAUUAUUUGCCGAUCUUCAGUCAUCUUUUGUCUUUCUGUUUUGGUUUGUUCAACAGUAUUCAUGGUCAUCCAUUGAACCAUGCCAUUGUUCUUGGUAACAGGCCAUAUAUAAUGUCCAAGACAUCAAGAAGGCUUCAAAGAAAAUCAUUUAGGUGACACAAUCUCAGAUUUGCUCACGGUGAAGAUUUUCUUGCCGUUGAGGAUUGUUGUCUGGGUUUAAAAUUGAUUAGCAUUUACGAGACUUGUUGGUUCUUGAAUUUGAGGAAAAGAGGGACUCAUGAUUUAGUUUACAGCCCAUUUUGUAUGAUAUGCUGACUAGAUUUCCAAAUGAAUCUGUUUUUUUCUUUUUCUAGUCAACUUCCUGGUGGCCUUUCCUAUUGCCUUUAUGUCUGCAAGUGAUCUUUUUUCCACGAAACAGACAAGUUGUUUUCAAUGCUUUUCUUAUAAAGGAGGUUAAAUUUUCGGUUUCUAAUAGCAUUUGAUUAUAUGUUGACUGCAUGGUACCUCGGCGUCCACGUGCAGCAUAUAUCAGUGCAUGCUGUGUCGUUUUAUCUCCACCUGUGUUUUGCAUGAGCUCCAUUGCUUACCUGGUGACAGCCAAUCCUCUUGAUUAAAUUUGUUUACCUUCCCCUUUAGCUCUAUAAAUCAAGGACUACACUUUUUCUAGUUCGCAUUCUGCUUAUGGAUCAAUCUGGCCCCUCCAGUUCAUCUGCUCCUAAGAAAACUAUUCGAAGGAGGAAAAAGCUAGGAGGUUACAUGGGUGUUCGUACGAGGGCAGUUGGAAAGUUUGCUGCUGAAAUUAGUGUUCCAAGAAUGGGAAAAAGGUUGUGGUUAGGCUCAUUUGAUUCAGCAGAUAAGGCAGCUAGAGCAUAUGAUGCUGCCCUGUAUUGUGUUCGUGGUGAGUGUGGUAAUUUCAAUUUUCCAGGUGAUAGACGGCCAGAACUCCCUAAGGCUCCCAUGGAUUCACUGUCAGAAGCAGAGAUAAAGGCUAUUGCUAAUAGAUUUGCUUUGUCACGAGGUACCUCAGGCUUAACCCUGGUGUCUUCUUCAGCAGGAACACCGGUGGGUGCUGAUAAAUCAGAUUCUGAUUUACCAGUUUCUAGUGCAGCUGCUAAGCAGAGCACAUCUGAAGAGAAGGGAGCGGAACCAGUUGCAGAAGACUCACUUGAUGGUCUAGAAAUGGAUGAUUUCCAGAAUCUGGACCUUGAAUGGGUGGAUACCCUUUAAGGUGAUCCGAUGGUCCACCUUGGUAACAAGGGAAUUCCCAAUCCAGAACCGACCUUUUUAGUUAUUUUCUAUGCCCCAUGUAACUUCAGUUGUGAUUGUGUGUUUUUGACUGUGGAAUUGUGACAAGCUUGCUUUAGAAACUCUUAGUAAUGGUACUUGCUUUAGUUGCUUAUUUGGGGGUAUUGGAACCAAACCUGCAAUUGACCAUAGCAGUAGCAUUAUGAGUUUGAGUGACCCCAAGGUGCAUAGUGGCAUGCCUUUCUGUGAGAUUCUUCUCAUAUCAAGGAUUACUACUGUUUAAGUGAAGUUUUGGUUCAUGGGAGAUCAUUUGCUUCCUAUUUUCGUUUUGAUUGAAUUCUGCAUUUGGGUUUUCUUGUUUGUUCCAAAUCUCUGUUAUUGCUUCUACAUGUGCAGUCUUCGUUUUUUGUUCUUGGGUUCGAACAAAAUUCUCCUAUUGUUUGAUUGUUUCCACCCAUUUUUUAAGGUGCUUGAGUGAGAGUCGCCGUGAUGGUUGUUGCAUUUGCAACAAAGAGGAAGGCACUGUUUUAACACGGAAGGGUAGUCUGUAUGUUUCCCUUUGUUAUAUGAACGAUCUUGAAACUGCAUCCAAUUGCAAUACGAUUGCAGACUACUGAACUGAACGACAUGAAAGUUUAUGCCUUUCCGAUACCAUUUUCAUUGCUUUUUCAUUAUUCAAUCAAUCCAUGGAGGAGCCAAAUCCAAAUGAGUGGUUCCUGAAACAACGAGGUGUGAACAGUGAUGAUGAUGAUGGCAACAACAAUAACAUGUAGACAGAUAUAUGCGUUCUAAAUUUUUUCGUUUCUAGAAUUAAUGUUCCUUCUUGGACAACAAGAGCGAUGAACUCGAAAUAAUGAGAAAUCAAAAGGUCACAAUAGAAACAUAUUCUUUUUGAAUGAAAGGAUUCGUCAAAAUCAGUAACUUGAAUGAAUGAAAAAAAACAGGGGACUUUCACAAUCCUCAUCUUUAAUGUCUCUCUGCUCCAUUUAACUUCUUUCUCACACAAGCUGCAACGUCAUCAUAGUGAGGAUCUAAAAGUACAUAUAAGCGUUUUUCCAAACUGUCGUUUAGCGAUUUAAAUUCUCUUCCCAUUCAUGCUUCCACGUCUGUACUUUAUCUCUCCCCUCAUCAUGAUUUCGUUCAGUUUCACUUUUACCUUUUAUCCUUUUGAACUUUGGCAGUUUGGGCUUUCUCCCGCUGUUUCUUUUUUAUAGUCUUUCUAUUAUAAACCUCUCUUUUCGGGAUUUUUCCAAUAAUAGUACCUUUAAAAAAAAUUACAAAAAUAGCACCUAUGUAAAAGAAAUUCCACUAAUAGCACCUUAUUUUUUGGAACGCACCCCUAAGAUGCGUUUUUAAUGUAAAACGCACCUUACAGAUGCGAUCUACACGUAAAACGCAUCAGAGGGGUGCAAUCUACAAUAUAAAACGCACCAGACUGAUGCGAUUCGGGGAGGACGCGUUGCGAUCCACCAGAUCGUCGGAUUGAUAGCAGAUCCAACGGCUAAGCGCACGCCAGCGGAGCGAUCCGCGCCUUGGAUCCCAGAUCGCACGCCAGCAAUGCGAUCCGCGCCGGUGUCAGUCAAACCGCAUUGGGAGGGUGCAAUCUGCGCCUGGGGAAGCGGAAAACGCAUUGGGAGAAUGCGAUCCGCGCGGGGCAAAAUUACCGCCUCGCCCCUGGAGCCUGCGAUCUGAAAAACUAUAAAUAGCUCCCCUCCCCCUCUCAUUUCUUCACACCUUCAACCCAUUCUUCCUUCUCUCUCUAAGUUUUAUCUCUCUAAACCCUCCCCCUCCCAAAAGCCUAGGAAAUAGUGGUCUAUUGGUUGCGGCAAAGUCCGAUCUGCAAUUAGAAAACAUUUCUUAGGUUUUUUCCUCAAAACCCGCCGAGCCGAAGCUCUGUCCGAAUUGCGCCGAAAAAAUGGUCGAUUGGUGG